CGCCCGCCCCGCGGCACCGCCAGCGCCGCGCCCGCCCAGCGCCGCGGGCCGGGCCGCCGCCCGAGGGGCUGCGCUGGCAACCAUGCCCGCCUCCGAGGCCGUGCCGCAGCCGUCCCCCAGCAAGAGGCAGAAGGGCUCGGGUCCCGACGAGCACAGCACACGGCUCCGCUUCACCAAGCUGUCCGAGAACGCCUUCGCCCCCUCCAGGGGCUCCGCGCGGGCUGCGGGCUACGAUCUGUACAGUGCCUAUGACUGUGUGAUACCACCCAUGGAAAAGGCGGUCGUGAAAACAGACAUUCAAAUAGCACUUCCUUCUGGGUGCUAUGGCCGAGUAGCACCACGUUCUGGUUUAGCUGCAAAGCACUUCAUAGAUGUUGGUGCUGGUGUUAUUGAUGAGGAUUACAGGGGAAAUGUUGGUGUAGUACUCUUCAACUUUGGCAAGGAGACUUUUGAAGUUAAAAAAGGGGAUAGAAUUGCCCAGCUCAUCUGUGAACGCAUUUAUUAUCCUGAGCUAGAAGAAGUUGAAGCUCUGGAUGAUACAGAACGUGGUGAAGGUGGCUUUGGUUCUACUGGGAAGAACUGAAAAUUACUUGAAUAUGCUUUAUAUUUUUUUUUUUUGUUACACUGUUUCUAAAUUUUCAUUUGAAUUAGAAGUGGGAUUUUUAGGACUGCAUAAAAACAUUUCCAGUUUUAUUCCAGCUUCUCUGUAUCCUCCUGUCUAGUUUUACAGGCAGUGAAUUUGCAUAAUGGGGAAAUGUGCAUGACUGGCUUGGCUGAUCAGUUGAUGUUUGGUCCUCAACAAUAAGAAUGUGUUGUUUAUGUGUUGAUUAUACUCUAAUAAAUUAAAAAAAUAACUUCAUGAUCUGAUUUUACUCACGCAAACUAAAAGGACCAAUUUUGCCAGUUCGCGUUAAUCUCCUGAAAUCCAUCCUCCACGUGGCUCAGGUUUUCAUACUGAGAGCCUGUUUCAUACAUUUUGAUAUGACUUCCCACUCUGACCCCUGAAAAAGGCAAAGAUAUUAAUAUUGCAUCUUCUACAACCUGUCCAAAUACUUGUGUUUCUGUUCAAAGCUAAAAUUCUGACUUUGAUCCUUAGCUGAUCUUCAAGCAGCCAAUUUUUCCACUCUCUUAUAUUAAGAGCAAACAAUACAACGUUUGAGCUAAAUAACAACUCGUCUGGAAAUAACUUCUGUAUAGUAAGUGCUACGAAAUAUGCUGUUGAAAUAUUUGUUGACAAAUCUAUUAAUAUGUUACUGUAUGAAUUAUUGAAGCAGUGCACAAAUUGUUCUUUCCAGUUCAAUUUUGUCCAUUUAACAGAGAACUCUUUGGAACCUGUCCUGAACCUGAUUCCCUAACUGUGGGAAUCUCUGAAAUGCCUCAAAACCUUUUAGGUGAAAGAACAUGAACAGGAGAGCAGAAACAAAAAAUAAUGACUAUUUUUCCAGUUUACCUAGGAAUUAGAAAAAGGCUGUGAGGCUCUCAAACACUUUUUUUCCUGCAGCUGUCAGUGUUCUUUUUAGAUUUUCUUGGCUGAAAGAUCACAGGUAGGAAAUACUGUGCUUUAAGUAGUGCUUCAGGAGUGGAAAGGUGGGCCUUUUGUAGACUUAAGAUGUUCAUUCCUCUUGGUAGUCUCAGAUUAGAAUAAUCCUAGUGGUAUUAGUUUUAUGUCCUUGUCUAGAACUAACUAUUUUCAGUGAAAUAAGCCCAAAAUAUUUUACAUUUUGUAUAUUUUAUCCCACCCUCCCCCACAGUGAGCUGCAAAAUAAAGUCUAGUAUGAGAGCAUUCA